CCUCCAUCUUCCGUGACCCUCAGGCCCUCCCGUGACUCCCGGGCCCGCCCGUCCCUCGAGCCGCAGCCCCGGGGCGAUGCCGGCGGGUUCCCCGGCGCAGCGGCAGCAGGCGGGGCUGGCAGCCCCCGGCCCGGCCCCGCUGCCCGGCCCCCCGCCCCGCCGCCCGCCGCCGCCCGCCGCCCCGCAGCGCCGGGCCCUGCCCAUCUUCCCGGCGCGGGGGCCGCUGCUCAGCCAGCUCCGCGGCCUGGACAGCGCCGUGCUCAUCGGAGAAACGGGCUCAGGGAAGACCACUCAGAUCCCUCAGUACCUCUAUGAAGCAGGAAUUGGCAGACAAGGCAUCAUUGCUGUGACCCAGCCUCGCAGAGUAGCAGCCAUAUCCUUGGCUACCAGGGUCUCAGAUGAGAAGAGGACAGAGCUGGGCAAACUGGUUGGCUACAGCGUGCGUUUUGAUGAUCUCACCUCCGAGGAGACCAGGAUCAAGUUUUCCACAGAUGGGAUGUUGCUUAGGGAGGCCCUGGGGGACCCUCUGCUGCGCAAGUACAGCGUUGUCAUCCUGGACGAGGCCCACGAGAGGACAAUCCACACUGAUGUGCUCUUUGGGGUGGUGAAAGCUGCACAAAAGAAACGAAAGGAGCUGGGCAAACUGCCACUGAAAGUGAUCAUCAUGUCAGCUACCAUGGAUGUUGACCAGUUCUCCCAGUACUUCAAUGGAGCUCCUGUUCUCUACUUGGAAGGCCGACAACAUCCCAUCCAGAUCUUUUACACCAAGCAGCCUCAGAGUGAUUACCUCCAAGCAGCACUGGUGUCAGUCUUCCAAAUCCACCAGGAAGCACCCUCUUCUCAGGACAUCCUGGUGUUUCUGACUGGCCAGGAAGAAAUUGAAGCAAUGACCAAAACCUGUCGAGACAUUGCCAAGCACCUCCCUGAUGGUUGCCCACAGAUGACAGUGAUGCCUCUUUAUGCUUCUCUGCCCUAUUGCCAACAGCUCCGUGUCUUUCAGGCUGCCCCCAAGGGCUGUCGCAAAGUGAUCCUCUCCACCAACAUUGCAGAGACCUCCAUCACCAUUGCAGGGAUCAAAUACGUGGUGGACACGGGCAUGGUCAAAGCAAAGAAGUACAGCCCUGAAAUGGGCCUGGAAGUGUUGGCAGUGCAGAGGGUGUCCAAGGCCCAGGCCUGGCAAAGGACAGGGAGAGCAGGGAGAGAGGACAGUGGGAUCUGCUACCGGCUCUACACCGAGGAGGAGUUUGAGAAGUUUGACAAAAUGACCAUACCUGAGAUACAGAGGUGUAACCUGGCCAGUGUGAUGCUUCAGCUCCUGGCCCUGAGAAUUCCCAAUGUGCUCACCUUUGACUUCAUGUCCAAACCAUCUCCUGAUGCUAUUCAAGCAGCAAUUGAGCAGCUGGACCUGCUGGGAGCUGUGGAACACAAGGAAGAUCAGCUUGUCCUGACUCCCCUGGGCAGGAAGAUGGCAGCCUUUCCACUGGAACCAAAGUUCUCUAAAACCAUCCUGGUGUCCCCCAAGUUCCACUGCACAGAAGAGGUCCUGACCAUCGUGUCGCUGCUGUCGGUGGACAGUGUCCUCUACAACCCUCCUGCCCGGAGGGAGGAAGUGCAAUCUGUCAGGAAGAAAUUCAUCUCCAGUGAGGGGGAUCAUCUAACCCUGCUGAAUAUUUACAGGGCCUUCAGAAACGUCAAUGGCAACAAGGAAUGGUGCAGAGAGAACUUUGUGAACAGCAGGAACAUGUUGCUUGUGUCAGAUGUCAGAGCUCAGCUCAGGGACAUUUGUGUGAAGCUAUCGAUGCCCAUCGAGUCCUCCCGCUCCGACACGGGGAACCUGCGCCGCUGCCUGGCUCACAGCCUCUUCAUGAACGCCGCCGAGCUGCAGCCAGAUGGCACCUACAGCACGGUGGAUUCCCACCAACCAGUGGCCAUCCAUCCUUCCUCUGUGCUCUUCCACUGCAAGCCAGCCUGCCUGGUGUACAACGGGCUGCUGCACACCAACAAGUGCUACAUGAGGGACCUGUGCGUGGUGGAUGCCGACUGGCUGUACGAGGCAGCACCCGACUAUUUCCGCAGGAAGCUCCGGACAGCCAAGAACUGACCCAAGGGUCUGGGACCAACAAGGUUUUUUAGGCUCACCCUAAAAGACUUUUAGGUUUUUUUUUUUGUCUUGUGAUGAGUCUACGGGAGCAGUAGAACUUGCAAGUCAGGUAAAAACCUUAGAGGAAAAAACAGCUUCUCUGUGAGAGGCAGAACUCGCGCGUCUCCGUGGCUUGGAACAAUCACCCCUUUUUAACAGUUAACAUGUAAAAGGGGAAUGUUGUAUGUGCUCUGUGUGUUUGGUAAAUCUGUACUGGAAGGGAAGGGGAGCUGGUUUCAGAUUCCAGUUUUUAACACUUAGUGAAGUUUACUGGUCUUGUAUAUGAGGAAAUGAAAUCCUAAGAGCUCUUCUGAGCAGACUCGAUAAUUUUGAUGAUUGUGCUUGUAUCCUCAACAGGUUUCGUUGGGAAAAAGGGAGGGGAAAAAAAAGGUUUCAAUGUCUACAUACAAAGGAAAAAAUGCCUUUUUUUACUAUUUCUAGAAGGAGGUGCUACUGUCUCUUACCUCACCAAACACCUUUCUGUCUGCAUGUUGUAUUCACCAUCUUAUUUGAGACCAUCUGAAGGCCAGGAAUGAGGAUGCCUGCUGGGACAAGGUCUUCACUGCCUGUGUCCAAGCCCCAGUGGCUGGCAGUGUUUUCCUGCAGAGUCUGUCCAGCUGUAUGUGUGUUUGGUGUUUUCUUCAUUCACCCAUUUGCUGGUGGGACAGGUUCCUCAGCAGAUACUUCUGGCUUUUCAGACUCUUGUCCGUGCACUUCUAGCUUUGGAGUUGGGACAUCAUCUACCAUGCUUGAAGAAGACUCAGCACAAUGAGAAUGUGGUUUAGGGACUGAACUUCAUUCAGAGGUCCUUGAUUCAUCAAAUGUUUGCAGUGCUUCUUCCCCCUUCUGCCUCCCCCAGCCCUCUCUCAGUUGUGCUCUGGUUUUCCAUUAGGAAUUUGGAGCUUGACCUUGCCAAGAGCCACGGAUCUACCAUAAUUAUCUCUUUUCCUUCCAUAUUCCUUGGCAUCUACCUAUCUCUUCCUGUUGGAGAAAAGUGGCAAUACCAAACCUAAUCAUCUCAAAUACUGGAAUUAAGAAACUAGUGCUUUCCAAAGGGAAAACUUAUUCUGUGAUGUGAAGGAAAGUGGAUUUAUUACAUUAUCACUGUGAGGUGGUGAUGGGAAGAAUGUAGGUUGGUUUAAAAUGAUAGUUUAAGUACUUCUAAAAUAACCUCUCUGGGAGAGGUAACCCCAGUUUCAACAGAGUCUGUUGAUGUAGUGCAGUCAUUUAUACAGAUUUUUGGAUGAUUUGAAUAAAAAGCAGGUGAAGUGUCUGAAAGUGUGAGAGGGGAAGUUGCCCUGCACCUGCAGGGCCAUGGUUCAUGUAGUGGGGUUAGUUUACCUGGACUGGUGGGACUGUGGUGUUUAGUCCUUGCAUCUUUCAAAUAGCAGCUUCUAAAAAAAAAGCUCUUUUGUCCUUUUUUUUUUAAAUUCAUUUAUUCAUUUUUUUAACUGGAAUUUCAAUGCAAAUUGCUGGCUUCCGAAGAGUGUGAGUAGGUACCUGGUGUACCUGGAAUGGUCUGGUUUCUCAGCCUCUUCUGGGAAGGGUGAUAUGGAUUCUCUGCAGGGGGGCAAUGGAAACAGACACACAUCCCUUUGUUGUGCCUCUUUGCAAUACUGGGUUUUGGUGGCUUGAGAAUAAGAAAGAAAGGUCAGUGGGGCACAGGCAAAACUUGCCACUGUAUGUAUAAGCAAGUGAAUUUUGGGUUGGUAUUUCAAAAGUGUGCAGCUCCUUCAGCUGAUCUCAUUCACAUGAAUUGCAGGGAAUUAUCAAAGCACUGUGUAGGUCUCUUUGUUUUAAAGAAUGCACAUCUGUAGGGGGGAAAAUUGAGUAUAAACACAACUUGUUUGGGCAGUCUGAUUUAACAGUCUGUUUAAGGGAGGGGACGGGCCUUUAUUUAGAACUAAUUUGUAUUAUUUUUUUUUCCCUAAAAUAAAGAAGCAAUGGCAAAAAUCCAAA